CUCUGAUAAGCCUUAUCAAUCCCGAUAACAAGACAGGUACUACCAGGGUUCAACUCAGCAGUAUGCACAAUGUUAGAUAAAAAAGAAGUUGUGGAGGAGCGGAAGGUGGAUGUGGAGAACCGACUGAACCUCCAGAGCUUGGGGAAGGUUGGCAGUUGGCGUCAGUCCAUGACCCCGGUCUGUGCUGAGAGGUUCGACAAAUGGACAAAGAAGAAGCUGGCCGGCACAGAUUUCACCAAUGCCUUCAUGACCUCUUAGUGCCUGUUUUUGGCAGAAAAAUAAUAUACUAUACAAAAUACUACUAGUCUAUAGAAUGUGUUAUAAAAUUAUCAUAAAUAAAUGUAUUUACAAUUUUACAUCAGUGACGUAUAUCUGAUGAGUUUAGCUUCUAGAUAGCACCUUAAAAUCGCAAUCUCUAUCGAGCAAAGAAGGAAUCGUUACAUUAUGUGAAAUACGGUACAACAAGAACAAUUCAGCUAUGUUUUACAAAGACAAUAUUUUCAAUGUACAAUUGACAUUUUCAACGAAGAGGAAAGCGCACUUACGGACAGAUGACGGACGAACUGCCAUUUCUUGGACCAUUCCUCUUGAAUUGUUCCUGGAACCAAGAGUAACCUUCAUGCCAAGUCUCUUGGACCUUAUAUCAGGAGUUAUCGCACAGACACAUAGUUCUUUGACCGUUUGAUCCCAGAAUCAAUAGUGUUACUCUUUCGAAAAGAGAAAUCUAUGUACCUAAUUUCAAGUCUAAAAGCUUUCUAUCAAGAGUACUGAAUAGACGGACAGACAGACAUACGGGUUGUCCUUUGGCCUUUUCCUAGAACCAAGAGGAGCCUAUGAACCAUUAGGUCUCCAGGACUCUUAUAUCUGCAAAUAUCACAUAGACAGAUCCAUAUACAGACUGCCCUUUGGUCUUUUCCUAGAACCGAGAGAAACCUAUGCACUAUGCCUCAAGUCAUUUCUAGGACCUUUUGUAUCAGUAAUUAUCGCAUAGACUGCUCUUUGGCCUUUUCCUAAAGCCAAGAGGAACCUGUGAACCAUGCAUCAGGUCUCUAGGACUCUUAUAUCUGCAAAUAUCACUUAGACAGAUAUACAGACUGCCCUUUGGUCUUUUCCUAGAACCAAGAGGAACCUGCACCAUGUCUCAAGUCUGUAGAAACUCUUUUAUCAGCAAUUAUCGCGCAGUCUUGCUCUUUGGCCUUUUCCUAGAACCAAGAGGAACCUAUGCACCAUGCCUCAAGUCUCUAGAAACUUUUUUAUCAGCAAUUAUCGCACAGACUUGCUCUUUAGCCUUUUCCUAGAACCAAGAGGAACUUAUGCACCAUGCCUCAAGUCUCUAGGACCUUUCUAUCAAUAGUUAUCCCACAGACGGGCAGACGGACUGCCCUAUGACCUUGACUGGGCAGACGGACUUAUGAUUAAGGUACAUUUUACUAAUUUAUACUAUUAUUUUACGUCUGAUCUUCACCUAAAACAACAUAAAUAGAUAUAUUGUCAUACAGGACCUGUACGAAUUUUCGGAGAACUCAUACCUGAUUACCAUCACUGAUUACAUAACACUGUUUAAAUAAAAUACAAGCUGUCUAAACUCUUCCAAAUAGUAAAAGGAUCAUCGUAAUGUUAUCAAAUACUUUGAGCAUAUGUGUUUAUUUACGUUACAUUGUAUUCAUUGAAUAAUUUAGCUAUAUUCAUUUGUAAACUCAUAGACUUAAUAAAUGCUUAUUUAAUUUGUG